AUGCUGCAUCGCAAACUGAAGAACAUAGAAGAAGGUAUAGCUUUUGGUGGAAAGAGGACAAAGAUUGCAAGAUCUCAAGGGAAGAAGAUUCAAAUAACCAUUGAACAAGAAAGAUCAAGGAUAUUAGGGAACUUGGCACAGGCUUACUUGCGACAUCAUGAUUAUGGUUUGGUGAACGACAUUACAGAAAGCUCUGUCCUUGGAGCCGAUAAGAACAAGCGGUGCAACUUGGCAAUCGCUUGCGCAUAUGAACAAAAUUCUGAAGCAAAAUCUACGCUUGGUCAGUCAAAAUCGGUGUUAACGCCAAUUGGAGAGGACAAGCUGAAAGAAGUUGUUACCUCUCUCAAGGAGGUCGCGGGGGCGUUUAGGUCCAUGGACUCGGAAGGUGGGCGAGAUGGACGUAAUAAAGAACCUGUGCUAUCAGAUAAGCAUAUUAGAGGAUCUGACUGUGGAAGCCACUCUGAGAACCAGGGCAACUUCGCAUGUUCAUUGUCUUCUCAACAAAAUGGAGUUGACAAUUACUGGAGGAACUGUAUAAUUAAGCUCCAAAAAACUAACAGAUAA